GCAACUGGCGCUGGGUAAAAUGUCUUCACUCACUAAUUGUUUUACCAAGUGGAUUCUCCUCAUUGUUACUUUAGUUUUGACAUAUGGUGAAGACCAAGUUUUCCAAACUCCAGCUGUUCUUAAAGCAUGGAAGGGAGAAAGUGCUAAAAUCUCUUACUUCUACCUGUACAAUCGAACUGAAGUAGAAAUGAUGUCUGUUUCCUGGUGGAGGAGUAUGUGGAAAAAACCUGUAUGUAGAAUACGUUAUAUCAAUCAAACAUUGGAGCGGAGUCCUAAGUGUGAUCGUCGAGUGGACAUUACUUUGGAGCUCAAUGCUAUGGUCACUCACUUUACCAUCCAAAAUCUCCAGUUGAAUGAUACAGAUUUUUAUUACUGUAAAAUUGAAUUCCCUAUACCACCACCUACAAAAGAAAUACAAGGAAACAAAACGCACCUCACAGUAGAAGCUCCUCCAGUGGUCGAAGUUAAAUUCCUUGACCGACCUGAAAACGGUUGUUGCGUACAACUGGUUUGCAGAGCAGAGAAUUUCCUUCCUGGUGACAUCCAACUGAGGUGGAGUAAAGAAGGAAAAGAAGGCUCAGUGUGGAUCAAUUCCAGUAUUACUACUGCCUCAAACAACAGCAAUUCCGGAACAAGUUACGUUGACCUCUCUCACUGGGAGAACGGGGAUGUGUACGCAUGUCAUGUGAAUCACUCAAUGUUGCAAAUCAUUAGGAAACUAACCAUAUCUAUUAAUGAACGACAUGAAGGCAGAGUAUAUAUUUGGGUGGUGCUUGCUUCUCUGUGCAUAAUUCUAGUAUCUGCCAUUGUCUAUUUACUAUUAAAGUGUUCAAGAAAAGCAAAUCCUGAAGUCAAUCAGCUCUAUGUUAAUGUUGGCACUGUAUCAAGAAAAGAAGAGACUGCCUCAACAUGUCAGAACUCUAACCAAAAUUUAAAUCAACUUACAAAUUCUAAUUAUAGUUUUAUUAGACAUGCUCCACUGAUUAUAUAUCAAAAUGCCUUUUCAGCAGAGUAAAAUGGCUUCAGUUAAAAAAAGGUAGUUAUUUUAUGAUUCUGUUUUGUUGUGUCUUCUCAAAUGAGAAUUGCUGUCAUGGAGCUGGGCUGUGGCCUAUCUCUGUGGCCACUUUGAACACUAUCUCAUUAAGCUGUGAAGAGAUGUGCUGAGCAAAAACAGAGAUAGUACACCAAUGCAUUGCACAGUCCAAUAUGUAACUUCUUUGAAUUUUUACUUUACUAAUUGUGAGUGACUUUGUCAGAGUUUAAAAUGUUUAACUUGUAAUAAUUAUACAGAAUAUUUCCACUACAUUGCUGCUGUUGUAAGUUAUUCAUCACUAUAAUAUUUUACUUAUUAUUGUACUUUUAUUUUGUUUGGAAUUGCUAAGCAUAACCUCCUACAUAGGAAAGAGCACAGUUCAUGUAAAGUAAUGGAAGCUCUUUUGGAAAUACAAUAUAGUUAAAAAACAUUUGAAUUAUCCAUUGCUGUAAAAAUAUAUAUUUGCCUCAGUCACGUGUUCAUCUUCAGCCAAAAAAGAACCACCUUCACCACUAGGGGCUUCUCCAUCUUCAGUCAUAAUAGUGCUCCAUGAUUGGCUGAUUCAGAAUGCAACAAAGAUAACGUACAGCAUGUGAAAAUGUCGUGUGGCCUUAACACAUUCCUUAAUCAAAGACCAUGCACAAUCUGCCAUACAAAAUGAAUUAUGUCCUAUAUUAAAAAAAAACUCUUCUGAAGAGAAAAAACUAACAGUAAAUAUGCAUUAACAGAAAUAUCAAAAUUUUAAAUAUAAAACUAGUUGUUCAGUUGUUAGGUUAGUUUCCGCCCCGCCCCCCGCUUGUACUUCCUACCCCUCACAUGGAAUGUAUUUGGGGAAAAUAUACAAAAUAUUCCAGCCAUUAAACUUAAGUUUAACUGAGUGGACUACAGUUAAUGUGUAGAAAAUUAUGAGAUAUGCAUGUGCAUCUGUACUGGCAGCAUAAAAUCAGGAAAUUUUGUCUUGCAUGGUCAUUCAGGUAAUCUAUGUUUUGCUUACAAUUUCUACAGCUGUAUCUAUGAUUGCGUAUUAAAAUAUA